AUGAAUACUUCGAAUAACAAUCCUUUAAAUAUACUCGAUUUACCUAAUGAAAUAUUACUCAACAUUAUUAGCAAAUUAAGUUUCAUCGAUGUUUUUUAUUCACUUGUGAAUAUCAAUGAACGAUUUGCUCAAUUAUCACUUGAUCCUCUUUAUAUUCGUCAUCUUGAUAUGACCGUUGUGACUAUGAAAUCAUUUUUUGAAUAUACAUUUUCCGUAGAUGACCAGGUUCUUUCAAGAAUAUGUGAAAAUAUCUUACCUCAAAUUCAUUCACAAGUAAAUAAACUUACUAUUGAACAACAUUCAAUUGAACGUAUUCUUCUGAAUGCCAGUUAUCCUAAACUUUACUCUAUAUCAUUUGUUAAUUUUCAAAAAGACAUACUCCUUCAAUAUUUAACAGUAAGAUUUAACUCGAAUGUUAUUGAUGGUAUUCAAUUACAUGAUGAAAUUCUUAUUCAUAUGCCACGAUUAAAUAAAUUUACUUUCAGUAUAAAUACAAAACUUCUCAUCGAAAAUGAUAUAACUGAUAUUACAACAAAAGAAGACAUUCAACAUAGUUUCAUUGGUAAAGAAUUUGGACUGAUUCAAGUUGGUUCAUAUGUCUAUUAUAAACGAUUGUGUUCCAUAAUUGAAUAUCAUAUCUAUACACUUCCAUAUCAAUUUGAAAAUUUUCUUCAUUUAAACAAUUCUUUUCAAGGUGGGAUGUUUCAUAAUGUUCGAUGCUUGACGAUGAAGGAUGAUACACAUCAUUUUGAACACCAAUUAUUGAAAGUCAUUUCGCAAGAUUUUCCUUUUCUCAAAGAAUUAAUUAUUAAGAAUGUUCUACCACAACAGAAGCAACAUUCAUCGUCAUUGAUUACAUUUCGUCAUCUUAUCCUUCUGAAUCUAGCUGAAGCACAUGUUGAUUAUGCUGAAGAAUUUCUCGUCGAUAAAAACAUUCAUUUACCCUGUUUAUUGAAUCUUCGCAUCAAGUUUGAAUCACUUGAAAUGGUAACAAAGAAUUUUACAAACGAUGCAACACGUCUUACUUGUGCUAAAUUAAAAAAACUACAUAUAGAUGACGAGUUUGUUCAGUCAAAAAAUUUUCAAAAGUAUUUUCCUUUAUUAUAA